AUGGCCGAGGGUGGCCUCGGCCGCGUCCCCGAUGUGGACAUCGAUUCCGAGGGCGUCUUCAAGUACGUGCUGAUUCGUGUCACCCCGGAGGGGGCGGGGCCAGGCAAAGAGGUCGUGCGCGGCUACGCCUGGGCAGAGUAUCACGCUGAUAUUUAUGAUGAAGUAGCAGAGGAGCUGGAGAAGCAGGGCUUCCACUGUGAAUGCUUGGGCGGUGGCAGGAUAUCCCACCAAAGUGGUGCCAAGAAGAUCCAUGUUUAUGGCUACUCAGUGGGCUUUGGCAGAGCCGAGCACUCCAUUUCCACAGAGAAGUUGAAAGUCAGAUACCCAGACUAUGAGGUCACAUGGGCAGAUGAAGGCUACUGACAGCAACAGAUACCACUCCAGAGGGGCCU